UUCGAGAAAGUGUGCGCCGACCUUGUUCGUGGUGCCAAGGACAAGCGCCUCAGGGUGAAGGGACCUGUUAGGAUGCCAACUAAAGUCCUUAACAUCACCACCAGGAAGUCCCCAUGUGGUGAAGGCACCAACACAUGGGACAGAUUUGAGCUGCGUGUGCACAAGAGAGUUAUUGAUCUCCACAGUUCCCCAGAUGUGGUUAAGCAAAUUACCUCAAUCACAAUUGAACCUGGUGUCGAGGUCGAGGUCACCAUUGCAGAUGCUUGAUUUUGGCCUCCAUUUUUUUUUUCUGCAUGCUAGUUUGUUUUGUAAUUUAACCUCUUGGCUGGGAAUAUGUUGAGUCCUAUGUGUUAGGUUAAUGCAUUUUCCUUUUGCCGUUAAAAUUUUUGAAGUUGAUUAUUGUGGAAGGGGAAAUUGACUUGAUCAAUUAGCUUUAGAUAGAAACUAUGUCAAAUUGUUAUAUUCUUUAAUGCUUAUACUCGGGAAGAUCUAGUAUGUUUAGUUGUACUUUUGAAGAAAGGAGUAAAAGACAUAAUAAGAACAGGUUAAAACGGCUGGCUGUUGCUGUUGUUGAAUGUAGAGAAAGACACAUUUUACAGAAUAA